AUGGCCAUGGCUACACCCGCACCGGUGCCCACGUCGCUCAACCGUAACAGGAGCAAUGACUUUGUCAGACGAGGGGACAGCACAUCAUCUACACAUCAGCAGCAAUACCAGUACCAGGAUCAGGACCAGGACCAGGACCAGAGCCCACGGCGACAGCUCAAGACCAGCAAAUCCGUCGAUGGCCUACGUCGAGUUCGGUCUCACACCGCAGACCCGACCAUGCAUGGUCUCCACAGGAACUUUGACGACGUCCAUAUCAACUCCCCUAGCUUGACGCAGACUCAACUGGACGCUUAUGGAUCUCCGGCGACAGUGGAGAGUCAGGACCAAUAUUCCUCCGAACGCUCGGCACCGACGUCAUAUCGGAAUGGGAAGGCGCCACCUCAUUCAGGAAACGGGUAUGGUUACGAACACGGCGGCAGCGAGCGUUCCUUUCCUCAGAAACAGCAGCAACAGCAACAGCAACAACACCAACUGGAGCAGCAAGACUAUCAUGCAACACAGGCUCCUGCUUCACAUUCGCCAUACCAAAAUCUCAAUAUCCAGACCAACCAGGUCGCUUCACGAUCAACCCCAAAGCUGUCAUUUUUUCCACAGACAGCCACGCAGAGCAAUUAUACGAGUGAAUCAAAGGAGACACGGUCAUUCAAUGGAACAUCAGGGCAGCUGGACCCCAAACCGAAACCAAAGACAUCCAAACUGAAGCCCAUUGUCCUUGUUGAAAAGGACGAUGAUGAACACGUUGAGCGAGAUCAAUAUGGGUUUAAGAAGGAAUCACAAUGGCUCUCACACCACGACUUUGUGAUCUUUGAGACCUACUAUAUUCCGAUCAUGGAGAGGCGUCGUCAGAAGUGGGCUAUUUUCAUGAAUGAUUCUCAUGGAGAAUUGCCCCCCAGAUCUGCAAAACUCAAGAGAUACAUCCGCAAGGGCAUCCCAGCAGCGCUCCGAGGCGAAGCAUGGUUCCAUUACAGCGGCGCAGAGGACAAAUGUAAGGCAAAUCCAGGACUGUUCAAACGACUGGUUGCUCAAGCCAAGGCCAAAGGGCCAUCAAACGAACAUGCCGAAGUUAUCGAGCGAGAUCUCCACAGGACCUUCCCCGAAAAUAUUAACUUCAAAUCCCAGAUCACCCAACACCAAGACGGCGCCUCCCACCUCUCCACCGACAAUGUCGCCGCGAUUCAAUCCCUCCGCCGGGUUCUCCUCGCCUUUUCUCUCCACUGUCCCUCGAUCGGAUACUGUCAAUCGCUCAACUAUAUUGCCGGGAUGCUCUUGCUCUUCAUGAACGAGGAGCAGUCGUUUUGGACAUUGUCUGUAAUCAUACAGAAUUUCCUGCCAGAGGGAAUGUAUGAUGUGACGAUGGAGGGCGCGAAUAUCGAUCAAGCAGUCUUGAUGACCUUAGUUAUGGAACGUCUGCCGGCUAUUUGGGCGAAAUUCAGUGGUGGGGCUAAUGCGGUUGAGAUGGAUGAGGGCGCAGGGUUGCCGACAGUGACACUUGUGACGAGUCAUUGGUUCCUGACACUCUUUAUCAAUAUCCUUCCCGUCGAGUCGAUUUUGAGAGUAUGGGAUUGCUUCUUUUACGAGGGUCGGAAGAUCCUCUUUCGAGUCGCGCUCACCAUCAUGAGACUGCAUGAGGCCGAGAUCGCAAAAAUCGACGACCCCUUGGAGGUCUUUCAAGUGGUCCAGAAUAUACCCAAGCGAAUGAUCGACUGCCACAAGUUGAUGGAGGCAUGCUUCAAACGGCUGGGCUCGUUUGAUCUGACGACUAAGGAUAUCGAUCGCCGGUAUGAUCAGUUUAGGGCCAAAAGGAAAACCGUCAGGGCUUCCAGGGCUGGUAUGCGUGAUCCGAAGUAG